UAACGUGUGUUGUGGUGGCGCGCGCGGAAUGUGAAUCAUUUUCAAGAGUGUGUGAAGCAGACGAGAGAGUGAACCCAGCACCAGUGGCAGCAGUAGCAGCAGCGGCAGAAAAGCCGGCUGGGUGGAAAAAGUGUUUCUGCAGAAUUUGUGCAGAGGAAAAUCUGCUUCUUCCGUACGCCACCAAACCAGCGACGACAAUGGUGUUGGUCGCACAUGGGUUAAGCGCUUUUCACCCAAUCAAUAUUAGUAGGCUGUGCGUUGUUGUUCCAGGCUGAAAAAGAAUCCCCCAGGUGGUGGUGCUGCACCGUGUGUUUGCUUUGGCUCCAGCAAGCAGUUUUUCACGAAAAACGAAAACCGGAGUAGCUCCGUUGACGCUUGUGGUGAUCAAAACGUGUAACCGGGUGUUGGAAAAGCAGAACAGUGUCGUCAAUCCAUUGCAACACAUAUUGCCCGCAACAACAAAAAAUCACAGGGUUGGAAAAUCGGUUUUCCGUUUCGUGUGUUUUUCUUGUGGUGCGCGUUUAAUGAGAUAAAAAAAACAGGUAUGCAAAAACGUACGAAAGCAGGUCGGUGCCGCCAUUUACCAAGAGGGCGUUAAUACGCGGUGUUGUGUGUGCGAUAGUGGUCAUUACAAUUUUUGUGACAUAAGCAGCAGAAGCCUGCAAGAUAUCCUAAAGGAUGAUGUAAAAGAAAGUGAAGCUUACUUCGACAGUAUCCUUGGUGCAGUUCCAUCGAUAAGAGCCGCGGUAUUCUUCUUCUCCUGUGUCAGUCAGGUCGUUGUCGACAACCCCCUAUGUGUCAACCGCGCUGCUGCUGAACGUGAAGGAACAGGCAGAGGCGCCUGUAUGUUUGUGUGCGGCGACGACUUGUGAACGAACACAAACACACUAACACACAGUCAAAGUAGCCGCAGCUGCAGUGGUGUAGAGAGUGUUUUGCCAGCAACACCAUCAUCCGAAACCACGGCAGCCACCAACAACAGCAACAGCAGCAGCAGGCACCGUCAUCGUUCAAAACAUCAACAAUGACAUCGGCAAGUGAUGAGCCAGAUCCCAAGAUGUCACGGUUGCUGAAGCUCGCCCAGAAGUUUAACUGCUUCUAUCUGAACGGUUUCAUGAAAGGUGACUGCCGUCCGUUCGUUGUGGACGGCCACCAGGUGGGACUGGUCAGCCAGAAUGUGAUCGAGCAGCUGCUCAAACAUCCCGAAGUAUUUCACAUCCGUGCGCCGGAGCACGGCAAGCAGAACAUUGUCGAACUGAAUCCUGCCUUCCGGGAUUACAAUACACGCUCGCAGCAGGUCGACCGGAUACUGCGCGAAUUUCGCAAACAGGGCAUGUUCGUGGCGCUCAAGGGAUGGCGCGACGAAUGCUACGAUGUGAAAUCGUCCACCGGCUCCCUGCUCAAGAUGGACCGCUCGGCCACUUGCCUGUUCGGGGUGCGCAACUACGGUGUGGAAAUUAACGGGUACGUGCGUCACCCAACGAAAGGCCUCUGCAUUUGGCUCCAGCAACGGUCCGAUACGAAGCAAACGUGGCCCGGCAAGUGGGACAACAUGGUGAGCGGUGGGCUGGCGGUCGGGUACGGUGUGCUCGAAACGGCCAUCAAGGAAGCGGCCGAGGAAGCAUCGAUACCGGGACACUUGAUAAAGAAUCUCGUGUCGGCCGGGUGUGUGUCGUUCUUCUUCGAGAGCGAACGUGGCCUGUUCCCCAACACGGAGUUCGUGUACGAUCUCGAACUGCCGGAAGACUUUGUGCCUGAUAAUUCGGACGGUGAGGUGCAGAACUUUCAGCUUUUACCGGCCCACGAAUGUCUCGAGCGGGUGUUUAUGCCCGACUUUAAAACCACCAGCUGUCCGGUGGUGAUCGAUUUUCUCAUCCGCCAUGGUAUUAUUACGCCGGAAAAUGAAUCAAAUUUUACGCAGGUUAUCGAGCUGCUGCACGUUCCGCUGCAGAGCCUAUACACCUACCGUACGACGCCAAACGAAGAAGCGGCCAAUGCCCACGUUAUGACUACCACCGCAGCUACCAUUACAGCGGCCACAACAAACCAACGAGAUCUCAACAGUAGCAGCAAUAACAAGAACAGUAUCGGGAAUGGUAAGCUCUAAAAUCAAUCGAACGACCUCCCUGCUCGGAGAAACAUAGUACGUAAAGGUGUGAACUGCAUCAACGAGAAUGAAGACAAGCGCUUCAAGCGCCCCAGCAAGCAGUGGAGAAGAUUGACUAAAGCCAUCUGCUUCAAGACAAUGUGGCACAGGAUAAUUCGUCUGUUUUUGCCACCCGACAACCCGAGUACGUAAAAACCAUAGCAAUGCACAUUUUAUGUUACAGCAAAGCCGCGUAAAAGACUCGAAAAAGGCGGUCAGAGAAAAAGGCUAGCUUUUUGUUUUGGAAGUGAACGUUAUUAUAGCGAGUUGUUCUUAAGAACAAAACAAUUACUAAUCUUUAAAAUCAAGCAAAGGAAAGGAAAGCGCAUAUACAUAUGUGCACACGAGUUUUAAACCGUUUCAAUUUUAGGUUUGUUAUGUUAAGUCCAAAGUAAUGAUUUGUUUUCCUUCGUUUUUACAAUGCAGCAUACAAUGCUUAGCAGAUGGAAUAGUGCGUAAAACUAUCACGUAACAACACACAUUCAUAGGGGUUAAGGACAAACCAAGCGCUGUAGCAGCUACCAAAAUUUAAACCCUGUUGACACAAUCGGUACCGUUCUACGAUGAGCAGUUCGAUAAGGCCAAAAAGCAAACAGAAACUCCCGACAUAGGGCGGAAGUUUGAUGUCACCGUUUUGUUUUGUACAAUCAAACGUAACAACAAUUUGUAGUCUGGUUACUGUAGGAUGUAGUACACUCUGGUGGCCUGAGAGAGGGUGAUUUAUGGAAAUUGUUGUGACCCAGCCACGAGUUCUAGAAGUCCAGGCAAAAACCUCUCGAGGUUGAAGAUUGGAUUUUUUUUUCCUGGUGGCCGAUCCGUUUUCCCCGGCUGCAUUAGAUCUCCCUCAGGUCUGACCACUUGAUCCAGCCAACGAGCUCGCUCUGCUCGUGUACGCCUCGAGCCACACGGGUCGCUGGUGAGGACCUGCUUCGUAGGGCAUGAGUCCGGCAUGGUCAUCAUGGUUCAUCCUCCUUCUCCACACGCCCUGCUCACACACAACACACACACACCGCCAAAGAUAGUCUGUAGCACCCUAGGACUACGGAAAAUGUCUCAGUUAACUUCGGGAAAAGUCUGCAAAGUGAAGUGGACACAACAAAGCAAGCAAUUUUUAUGCCAGAAACCCCAUUUUUUAAAGGCUUGAAGAGUGUACUAUCCUCCUAACAGUUUGUAACACACACAUAAACAGGUAGCCCCCCAUCGGAAUGAUAUCUAGUGCUGUUCUGGUCUUAACACAAUCAUCCACAGGUAGAAAACUAUGUCCGGCUCGAUACACACAAACAAAACUUACUUACUACACUCACUUAUCAGCCGCUACAAUCGCUUUGCGGUUCUUGGCCUGCUGCAACAAUCCUCGAUUUAACGCCAUCGUCUGCCAAUCCGUCAUCCCGGCUGUUCUGACGGACGCAUCAAUUUGGGCCUACCACGCCUCCUCUGUCCGUGUGGACGGCCUUAAAGGACUUUACGGGCUGGUUCGUCCGGUGUCAUUCUCAUGACGUGACCAGCCCACCGGCAGAUUGGUUGGAAAUCGGUCAGGAUUUCAGCCUUCCUCCAACCACCGAGUAAACUAACCGCGUGGGUAGAGUAGCUCUAGCCGCAUGAGGGGUCAGAGCAUCUGAGAGAUUCCACUCAAGUAGUGCUGGAGAUCAUUCCGAGCAGCCUGAGUGUACUUACUAUCGGCUAGGAAUUUUUGUACCAAUAUUCCAGGAGCGGGGAGAGUCUCAUAUCUUCUUUUUCUUUGGCACUACAACCUCGAGAGGUCUCGGCCUGCCAUUUCUGGCUUUCUGUGACUUAAUUUUACCCGUAGAAAAGGAGUCAGCCUUUCGUACGGGGAGGCGGUCUGGAUGGGAUUUGAACCCCGGCCCUGCCGCUGUCGCCUCGGCCACCGGACCGCCCCAGAGUCUCAUAUACCCGACGGUUAUUAUGGGUUACUCCCCCAAACGUACCGCGGGAGCCAGCUACAGCUAGGCUAGUGGGACGCAAUCUCAACCAGGUUUGAGCGUCUUCAUGGUCACGGCCAUAACCGAUACCAUUAAGGUAGGCUCCCAGAUCGACCGCGACAGCGAGGUUCUCGUCGACUGCCUCACGAAUUGCUCCGUACUCAACAGUUCUACCAUCCCUAGAGGAGGUUACCUGGAGAAGGCGGCGCCACAGCAACAUGACCGCGUAGCACUGGUACAUCCCCAAAGAGAGAUAUCAUUUUCCGAUAUGAGUGACCGAUCAGCAUCAUAAAGCCAGUGAAAUCCGCGUGGAACUCCAAGGCUUGAUGAAUCUCAGUGAACUCCAUACCGCCAUCAAAGAUGGCUUCAUAAUUUGAGAGAAGCGGAUCACUCUUGUCGGUUGUGAAUGUUUUGGACCACGUGUUCAGGACGAAGUACUAAACCAAUAACUCACUAGGGAUGAAAUUGGUUAAAUUGGACAAAAAACACAUUAACUCAAUAAGAUUGCUUAAACCAUUGCUUGGUAAUCCUGUGGAUGACUGUGUUAUGCCCCUGGGAACCAUUGGAUGUCGGGGCAGAUUUAUAGACAAGCACAGCUUAGAGCACUUUUAAUCAUAUAACGUCUGCCAAAAAAAAGUAAAAUCGAAACCCAACAGUAAGCAAUCAACAAGAAGAAAGAAAGAAAAAUCAAUCGUACGUCGGACGUCUCUUUACCAAACCGUUCCGGGUAUUAGGCUCAGGAAGGAGGAAACAUUGCCAGCAAAGAAACAGUAGCAAAUCCUGCAUCAAGGCCCGUAUUUAUCGUCUGAUUUCGUUUUUAAAAAAAAGGUAUGCGAUCUGGCUGCUCGUUUACCGUUCUGCUAGCAACGAGCUAUCCACGACUGAACCAUGUGAACUGCGAUGCGCGCGUAUUAUUGGUUUUAGCUUGUAACACUUGGAAUGCUUAGCAGGAAACGAAUCGUAGCGGGCAGGGGAAAAGGUAGGUAAUAAGGUGGAGGUUAGCAGCGCAUAGAGAGUUUCGAAUGAACAAGUUAAGUAGAUAGGUAGAAAAUAAGGACGACCUUAUACGUCCGUGUAUUAUGAAUCAUUUAGAGAGCUCCUGUGUGCGUGUGUGUGUGACGAAAGGACGGAAGCUAAGCUAGGCUGCUUUUGCGACUUGAUUUACCCCCUCUGUGCCAUUUCAAUUCAACGACAAGACUAUAUUACAUAGAUGUAUCACCCCGUCUCUCCUUCAAGGCGUAUCACCAACAUGACGAACAACACUGACUGCUACAACUACUACUACGCAUCACACGCGUUUAAAAUAAGGCUUCCUAUUUAACUAGCCAUCACACGCACGCACGCACGCACGCACGCACGCACGAUCUACCGCGUUCUUAACUUGUUCUCAAAACUCUGGUCUUUUGGAAAAACCAAAACCGACAGCUGCUAACGGCAGCGCAGCAUUCAAGGACGCGGCGCGUGGACGGAUGCUGUCCUUAGGUUAGUCCGUUUUGCUGUGUAUCCUGUACUUUUUUUUUUUGUUCGUUGUACUAUUAUUAUUAUUAAUGUUAUUCUGAUAGUCUUUUCGAUCGAUCAUCACCGUACCGGAUCGGAAGGGGGGGGGGGAAUCGAACCGGAUCCGAGAAAGCGUAACUGGUUUGGAAGGCGGUGAGAAAGAGUGGGAGGUGGAGUAAAUAUUUAUUGUAUUAAACCUAGAAUCUGUUCUUUCUUGUAUACCCUAUAAAAGCGAGAUAUUCAAAAAUCAA